AUGCAUGCUAAUAUUACCUCAAUUAAUGAUAAUACUCCUACCUUUGCUGAAAAUUAAGACUUUCUAAAUAUUGAAUAAUGCUUAAAUGGAAUUUCAGAUUUUCUAUUAUGUUCUUCGACACUCAAUUUACAUUAAGUAAAAUCUUUAUAUUUAAAAGAGUAAUCAUAUAACAAAUUACUUUUUAGAAGAUAAAUAGUCAUCUAAAAUGUUUUCUAACUUUGUCAAUAAUAUUGAAUUUGAAGAAUUAAUUAGAUUGUAUAGACUACAUCGCUAUUAUAAUAAACGAAAUUAAUUAAAUAAUUCUGUUAUACUAGAAACAAAUAAUUAAAAAGCAUUAUCAAAUAAGCGUCAAAGUUAGCCUUAAGUUUUUAUUAAGAUAAUAGGAAAUUCUACACCUAAAAUAGAAAACAAAAAAUAUUCAUAAAUUGAAAGCAGGUACUCUCCUAAAAAUUUAAAAUUCUACUUAAAACAGGAAUAAUAAAGUUCUGAUUUGUAAAUGUCACAUAAUAGACGUCUAUCAUAAUCAAUGAAUCAAUCAAGAUCCUCCUCAUUAAACAUGAGUUCUAUAAAUUCCAAUUUUAAGGUUUAAUAGGUUAAUCAUAAUCAAAAUAGACCAAAAACUGGUACCAAAAAUUAUUAAUUUUGUUUACUUUCUUAGAAACAUUAAGAAUUAACCAAAUUAAAAUAAAAAAAUGAAACAAAAACAAUUGUAAAUUUAUCUUUAAAUUCAUUAUCCUCAAAGAUUGAAAAGAAUAAAUGA